ACAUGGACGCGUCCGACAUGCACAGAACCACACAAGGAGUCUCUCACUCGCUUCGCUUAGCACGCGCGAUGGACCACGCUUGGGGCGCACCACAUACAUGUUUUUGCGUUUGUUUGUCCGUGGCAAAAGGGGAAAACCGACGGCGCGCACGGACACCUGGGAGGGGAAAGCAAAAAGAGGAAGAAGGUCCGCCCGCCCCUCAGUAAGUACUUGACAAAUACCCACAGCACGACACGGCACUUCACCCUUGGGACACGGGUAGGUACAAAUACGACACAAGAAGGCGUGUGAGACGGGAGAAGCAAAGGGCCAAGGCGGCUGGUUGGUUAGUCAGGUUGUUUCUUAGUCAGAUUAGCUGUACAAAAGAUCGAUCAUCGACACACUUGUCCAGAGGGGCUAGGAUUGUUUUGCUAGAGCAGGUAGUCGACUUCGUUGAGGUGCUCAUCCAGCUCCAAGAAGCGACGAAAGGCUGACACGCAGAUACACACACAUAGGACACACACACGUGUCCCACACAGCAGUGCGUCCUGUGUCUGUGUGUGUAUAAGCCCACCCUGAAAAUCUCGAACGUUCUUGAUGCGAAUCAGCAUCUGACCACAUCCAUCCAGCAGGCACCAACAAGACAAGACACCGAUCAACGAUUCUUCCCCGGCGUGGCCACACAGCGUGUGCCCCUUUCUUACGUCAAGGUAGUGCGACAACCGAGUCCUCCGUCCUUCCACCUCCCUCCUGCACCAGCCACCACACCACACACACCGCACACACAGAUGCUGUGCUGCCCUUUCCCCUCCGUCCAUGUGUCCCUUUCGCUUACUGGUCGGCCUGUUUGAGCGUUGGCUUGGGCACGUCGUGCGGGAAGUGCAUCUCGGGGAAUGCCCUCUCCAGCUGCCGCUGUAAGGCCAGGAACUCCCUGUACCGCUUGGCCACGCUCCAACCGCGGGAGCCGACGUCUAUUCGGAUCGUGUAGCUCUGCAAUGAAAACAGACAGACACAUCGGAGUGAGAGAUCCACUCCGUGAGUGAGUGAGUGAGUGUCUGUCAUUGCAAUGCGCAUGCACGCACCUACCUGGAAUUCUCUUCCCUUCCUGUCCGUGCGCCUGGACGUCUCCGGAAUGCUGAUGCGAAUCCGCUUGCAGAUGAACUCAUCCUGUCGACAGACACCACAACCACACUCCUGUCCGCAACCCAUCCCCCCUGUCCGCCCCGUCCUUACCUCCUCAAUCAGCUCCAUUGCGUCAUCAGGCACACCCGCCUCCGCACCAGUAACGCCCUGCUGCGGUGGGGGCGGCGUCACGGAGCUCGUGGCGCUCCCCUCGUCCCAGCCCUUCUUCUCCGCACUCGCUGACGUCACGCUCGACGGAGUCGCCGACACGUUGCUCCCCAGAGCGUUCAUAAUCGGCGCCAGAGUCAGCGAGACAUUGCCGAGGCCGUACGGCAUGUCCCGCGAAAACUGUGGGGCUGCUGGGGGCUGGAGGGAGGGGGAGGGAGGGGGUGGGUGGCCCUCUGCUCGCGCGCUGCAUUCGCGGAGGUGGGUGGGGAACUUCUCGUACUGGAUGACCCGCCCACAGAGUCUGCAGGUCAUGGCGACGCACCCCUUGAUCAGCAGCUGGAACUCCCGGAGAGCGAACAGCCGCUGCCGCAUCUUGGACAGCUCCCAGUGAGCCUGGCGCAGCUGGGCUGUGGGGCUGUCCUCGCCAUGCUCGGGGGCCACACCGACGUCAGCACCCUGAGACAACGGCCAAGGAAAGGACACACAGACAUGUCCACACGAAGUGGAGUGAGGGCGUGUGUGUCUCCCUCCCGCUUGCUCACCGACUCAAGGGGGAUUGUGAACGACUUAGGGGGCCGCGCUGGGCGAGAGGGAGGCACGGCCAGCUUCCUGUCGUCCUGCUGGUCGCCCACAUCGCCCCCCUCGCUAUCUGCCCCCAUACUCAUCCCCAUACCCAUCGCCAUGGCCUUGGCCGGCGGGAUGACACUCGCGACCUCACUCUCAGACGUCAUGGACGCCCCCUCGCCCCAAUCGCCUGUGUCGUGCUUCCGCCCCUGCUGCUGCUGGCUCAUGCGCCGCACGGUCAGGGCGUUGUCGCCACUCGCUGCUGCUGCUGCCAUAGGGGAGUCUGCGUGGUGGGGGCGGAGGGAGAGGGCGUGACGGAGGUUGCUGUUCUCGGUCUGGAGCAGCGUCACCUGAACUCCACACAGCCAUUCAUUCAGUCGCCGGCUGUGCCUGGUCCGUCCGUCCCUAUGCCGAAUCCCCCACUCACUCACCCGUGCUUGCAGCUGUUCGAGCACUGAUGUGUCGAUGUCCCUCGAUGUGCGCUUGACGUCAGGGCCCGUGGGGAUGACGCCCUCCUCGCCAGUGAGAAUGCGGAUGCGCCGCUGCGCGUCGGCCAGCUGUGCCUCCAGCUGCCGCACCUCCGAGUCGUGGCGCGUCGUCGCCACACCCAUCUCACACUCAUGUCUGCACACCCAGCCAGCCACGUGGAGAUGAACAAGGAGGCUUGGCUGGUAUGUGUGUGCCCUACCUAGUGUGGUGGGCUGGGCUUACUUGGUUUGCAUGUCGAAUACGUCCUUGCUGUGCCGCUCGUCCUGCUCCUGUAUCUGCUGCCUGAGCACCUUGAGCUGCUCGUAGUACCAGGUGGCCGUGCUGCUCUCGCCCUUGCCACCGCUCUUCCGUCGCUCUGCGGGGGAAGGGCCGGGACUCGCCGUCUGACACACACACACAGGCACACACACACAAGUGAGAGCGAGUGUGGUUGUUCCACUGCUGCAGCCAUGUGGGGUACGGUACCUGUGUGGCGUCGCGUUCCGCCUUAAGUGCGUCGAUCUCGACUGUGAGGCGCCGCUGGUCCACCUCCCACCUCUUGGAUGCAUCUUGGUAGUCACGCUCCAGACGGUCAUCUGCACACAACGGCCGAUAGAUCCACGCAACGUGAUAGCCAUCUGAAGGAAGCGUUGCGUCCAUCCCAUCUGUGGGCUCACAUUGUUGCUGGAGCUUGCGGUGGUCCUCCUUGAGCGUCGCUAGCUCCUCCUUGACGCUGUCUUCUUCCGCAUAGCCGGGUGGCGGGAGUGACGGCUCCUCGUCAUGCGCAUCUCUCUCUGCUGACACCGCCUGACACACACAGGCACACAGACAGACAACAAAGGAAAACAGAUGCACCCCAUCACGUGUGUCACCAGCGCUCUGUUCCUGACCUGUGGUAGGUGCUCGUCGUCAGCUUGUGCCUCAACCUCCCCCAUGGUGGCCUCUGGCGGACUCGACACGCCUGAUCUCCCAUCCAGCCCCUCCCCGAUGGCCUCAGCCGCACCGACGGCAGCAAACUGGCUAGACAGCGUCGCCGCAUCCUCCCCGCAUUGCACCUCGCCCUCCUGCUCAUGCGCUUGACCAUUCACAUGAAUGUCGGACACGGGCUGCUGAGGCAUCGAUUCCUCGACAGAUUCGAGCCUUGAGUGACCCGAUGCGACGGAUAUAACUGACAAUGCCUCGUCGGCAUCCCCAUGGCUGCUGGAUUGGGAGUAGGGCGGGUGGGGAUGCGAACGGCGAGAAUGCUUGUCGCUGUUCUUGCGGGAACGGACUCGCCGCACCUUGACACGCUGCAGCGACGACUCCAGCAUGGUGAUUUCCAC